AUGGUGAGAUACUUUUACGAAGAAGGAAGAGUCUGCGAACCUCAAACAGAUAUCAGAGAAAUAUUUUGGAAUAAAUUAAAAUUAGAUCAAGAUAUAUCUCAAAUGUCGUCUUGUAUAGAUCCAAAAAUUCAAGAAGCUAUUCUAAACCAAAUCGCUUCACUUCAAAAUUCUAUACAUUCAACCAAAGAAAAAUACACGAAAAAGGCUCAAAAUCUGAUUACUCUUAUAAAUCAGAAACUAAAUAAAGCAAUAGCGAAGCUCGACAUCCUUGAAAAAAAUUCAAAUAAACUGAUCAGAAAUAUACUAAUCUCGCAAGAUAAUUUAACAGAAAGCGAAAAUUUACUUGACUUUUCCAAAGCUGAAAUCGAGCAUGGGCUUGUUCACUAUGAGUCUCCAAGCAUAUCCAGCAAUGGGAUUUAUAUAGAAAUUUCAAACCUAUUUAAUGAAGAAAUUGGCACUACUCCUCUAGUUUUUAGCCUUAAUAAGUUUAAUGAGUCUUUUUCAAUUAAACUAAAAGAGGCCUUAGACAAAAACGACAUAAAGCGCUCUGAAAAAUUGCUUAACGAAUGAUGAGAAGUUCUGAACAAGUGGGAGCCAGACAAUUUAAUCAGAAAUAUGAACAUUCUUUAUCAGAGCGUAAAACCAUUCAAUAAUAAAAAUUUAUUAGAAAAAAUCGAGCCAUAUAUAAAUAUCAGCUUGACGUCAUCUGCGAGGUACGAUUUAGAAAGCCUCAGCGAGCUAUCUGAAAUUUAUGCCGAUUUAGGGCUUUAUAUCACAAGUCUCAUUUUAGAUCCUGAGGGCAAUUGCUUUUAUAUAAAAAAUUUAAAUUUUAAAUUAAGGAAAAAUCUGAAAAGUCAAUUUUCAAAUUGACAAAUAGGACAUAUAUAAUGACAUUUUUAAAUUGAUAUUUGACUUUUUGAAAUUUCAUUUUUUUUUUUGAAGGGCAUUUUCCUUGAAAAUCUAUAGGGGAGCAGGCGCUAUACUAUAAAUCCAAGAUGAGUUUUACAAAAGCAAUUGAGUAUCUCGAUAAGUUUCAAAAAACAAUAGAAAUCAUCCCUGGAAAAAUCAAUAGAAGAGUAUGGGCUUUAUUUGAGCUCGGAACACUGAGCCUUUCUAAGAAAAUCAAAUUCUUUGAUAAAGCUAUCUCAUAUUUAAAAGCUUCAGAGGAAUUAGGUGGGCUUAAUGCUAAUCCAGAAGGCUACAGGAAUUUGGGCAAAUUGUUUUCAAAUAGAGAAUUUUAUGAAUUUGCUUUAGGUUAUUACAAUAAAUAUUUAAGUUCGCAAGGAAGGAAAAAACAGAAAUAUUUAGCAAAUACUUAUAGAUGUAUAGGUAAUUGCUAUAUGAAAAUUGACUCGUCUGAUUUAGACAAAGCCAAAGAAGCAUAUGAUAAAGCUGAAAAUUUACUAGAAAAUGCUUUAAAUUUAGAAGAUGAAAAAGCUGAACUAAGUCUAGACUUAUCCCACUAUUAUGAGGCGAUUGAGAACUAUAGCUUAGCUUUAAAUUAUAUUUCUUAUACACAAAAAGUUUAUGAGGAAAAACGAAAUAAAAAUUUGAUGAAUCUUUAUUAUACCAUUGGGAAGCUUUAUCAUUUAAGCAAAGAAUGGGAAAACGCAAAAAAAUAUUAUGAUAAAUGCUUGAAAAAUAAAGAAAAACUGAAUGAACAGAUUCAGAAAUGGCUAAUUAUACAAGCACAUCAAGUUUAUACGAGGCUGGGUUUGAAGUUUAUAUAA